AUGGAGGUUACUGUUUUGAUGCUUAUAGUGAUCUCCGUAGUUCUCAUACUUUUGGUAAGAGCUCUAUGGCAAACAUGGGAUUCUUCGAGGACGAUGGCUGGUAUCCCGGGGAGCCUAGGUUGGCCUAUUGUUGGGGAAACUUUCUCAUUCAUAGCCGAGUUUUCGAGCCCUGCAGGAAUACACAGCUUCAUCAAGAAGAGACAAGAGAGAUAUGGAAAAGUGUUUAAGAGCUCUGUCUUGGGGAGAUUUACCGUCUUCUUGACUGGAAGUGAAGCGAGUAAGAUAUUGUUAACCGGGAAAGAUGGGAUGGUAAGUUUAAAUCUUUCCUACGCAGGGAGACAGGUACUUGGUCCUACGAGUUUGCUCCAUCAAAAUGGAGAAGCACACAAACGUCUUCGAAGGUUGAUUGCUGAACCCCUCUCAAUUAAUGCCCUAAAGAAGUAUUUCAACUUCAUCAAUAGUUUAGCUGUUGAAACACUGGACCAAUGGCACGGGCGACAAAUCUUGGUUCUAGAGGAGGCCUCCACAUUCUCUCUGAAGGUGAUCAGUAACAUGAUAAUGAGUUUAGAGCCAACAGGGGAAGAGCAGGAAAAGUUCCGAGCCAAUUUCAAAAUUAUGUCUACCUCAUUUUCUGCACUCCCUAUAAAGAUUCCAGGAACUGCAUUCCAUCGGGCAAUGAAGGCAAGGAACAGGAUGAUUGAAAUGUUAGAUUCAAUCAUUGCUCAAAGAAGAACUGGAGAUAACUUCCAACAAGAUUUCCUAGAGUCCCUGGUGAAAAAGCAUAGUAAAGAUGGCUACGGAGAAGAAGAUGAUGAUAAACUCACUGACACACAGUUAAAGGAUAACAUAUUGACCCUGCUAGUUGCAGGUCAUGAUACCACUACCGCUGCUCUAACUUGGAUCAUCAAAUUCCUAGAAGAAAAUCCUGCUGUAUUGGAGCGACUGCAUGAAGAGCACAGAGAAAUUCAUUCUGCAGGAUCAGGUCUUACCUGGUCAGAUGUGAACAAUAUGCCUUACACCAACAAGGUAAUUAGUGAGUCUCUUCGGAUAGCUACAGUUAUACCAUGGUUUUCAAGAAAAGCUGCAGAAGACUUCAAAAUUGAUGGAUAUUUAAUCAAAAAGGGUUGGUCUCUUAACCUCGAUGUAAUCUCUAUCCACCAUGACCCAGAAACUUUUCUUGACCCUCUGAAGUUUGAUCCUUCUAGAUUUGAUGAUAAACUGAAGCCUUACAGCUACCUUGGAUUUGGUAGUGGACCUCGCAUGUGUCCUGGAAUCAACCUCGCCAAGAUUGAAAUUUGCAUUUUCAUUCAUCAUCUGGUCAGAAGAUACAAGUGGAAGACUUUAGAGAAAGACAACGCGGUCCUGCCAACACUUAUCCGGAUGCCAAGGAACAAAUAUCCAAUCAUGGUUGAGCCUCUGUAG